UCUUUUCUUCUUUGGUAGUAAGGUUGUUUACUAAUAGGAUAAUUCAAAAAGAGGGGAGAUAGAGAUCGGAGAAAUUAAAGAGAGAGCAGGAAGAGCAAACGGUCUGUAUAUAGCUAUCUAGCUAGGUAUUUGAACAGUACUUUCUUUUAUCAGUAAUUCUAUGAGUAUAUCUAUCCUAGAAUCGUUUGAGAGAGCCUCUUGUACGUACUGCUUCUAAUCUCGAGUAUACUCUUCAUAGAGAUCUCGUAACAGAGAUGUCAACAACUUCCCAAACCAUGCUCAACCAUGGCCUCUUAGAGGAUCAAGAUCCGGUACCUUCACAUAUGGGUUUUUUUCCUUUCCCUUCCAACUUGACCAGCUUGCCUCCUUUGGGAUGCCACCAAUCUAGAUCUCUCAAAGCAUUCAGUACCAUACCUCCUUCACUUGCAUCAGAUGCACCUUCCAGUAAUCUCAGCGAAACUUUUUUCUCUUCUGCCACUACUAAGCAAAGAGAAGACAUAACAUCUGCAGGUUGUAGAGGAUCCCAGCUACUUUCCUUGAAUAGAUCAAGCGCAAAUCUCUGGGCAUGGGGAGAUGUGGGUGAGAGCUUAACAGGCAAGAGAGGCGGUGGAGAUCUAGAUCAUCAUCAUCAUCAUCUAGGGGUUUCUUCCAUGAAAAUGAAGAAGAUAAAGGGGAGGAGGAAGGUGAGGGAACCUCGGUUUUGCUUCAAGACCAUGAGCGAUGUGGACGUGUUAGAUGAUGGUUACAAGUGGAGGAAAUACGGACAGAAAGUGGUAAAGAACACCCAGCAUCCCAGGAGCUACUAUCGUUGCACACAAGAUAACUGUCGAGUAAAGAAACGCGUGGAGCGAUUAGCGGAGGACCCAAGGAUGGUUAUUACAACCUACGAAGGAAGACACGCACAUUCCCCGUCCCACGAUAUGGAGGAUCAGUCCCAAACUCCAUCCCACCUUAAUAAUUUCUUCUGGUAAUACUUACAUGAUGAUCUAAUAUAACUGCUUAUUUUGGACGAGAUUUUUCAUCUCAAAAAAUGUCUUUUUCGUCACAAAAAGAUUUUUAAAACGAAAAUGACCGACUUUUUGGAAUGCAAAAUGUCGUCCAAAGAAAGCAUUAAUUCAUGUUGUAGUAGUACUGAAUCAUGGAUAUAUAAUGAUCCUCGAUCCAUUGUGCUUGUUGUACGUACGAUGAGCUGCUGGCAUUGCUAGCUAGCUGUGCAUGCCUUUGACGGACAGUCAUGUUGGGGACACCGGAAAUAAACAGUACUAAUGUUUUGUA